UCUAAUCGCGAGUAUCAGCUGACGUAUCAACUGAUCUUUUGAUAACCUUAACGUAAUCGUUGAAAGCACUUUCAUACACAUAAAAGAAAGAGUUCGAACGAUCAGUAUUUAUCAUUUCAGUUCAACCGAGCUAAAUGUCGUCAAAUUAAAAAUCCGACAGCGAGACAGAAGGAUUUAUUAUUCUAUCGUAUGAGUCAACGUUCAAAACAUGUCUACUCCAGGGGAGAUGACGGAAAAUUUGUCGGCACAGGUGAACGAGCUGCAAGCUUUGCAAUCCGUCUACCCGAACGAACUCGUCGUAGCAGAUUAUGGGGUUUUGGCUGAUAUAAACGAAUACAUCGAACACCCUAAUCGAGAACCACCUCGAUGGUUGGAAUACUCUAUCGCGAUCCCAUUGAACGGUGAAAAUAUCGAAUUGCUGGUCAACUUGCCAACCAACUAUCCACGAGAACAGCCUGAUGUGUAUGCAAGAAGUUCUCGUUUGGACAGAAUACAACAGUGUCUAUUGAAUAAGGAGCUCUCUAGUAUCCUCAAAGCCCAGGAAGUAGGGGAACCCUGCAUCUAUACAUUGAUAUCAUGGUUGCAGGACAAUGCAGAAACUUACUUCGAGGCUUCUGCAUGUAAUCAAGCAAUUAAAUGUAAUGACACGAGUGAGAAAGAGAAUGAGACUGAGACACAGACUGCGGUGACUUUCUCUAGAUAUUGGAUUUACAGUCAUCACAUAUACAGCAAAUUCAAACGACGAGAUGUAGCAAACUUGGCAAAGGAGAAUUCAAUCACUGGAUUUUGCUUAGCCGGCAAACCAGGAAUCAUUUGCAUGGAGGGAAAUUUGGAAGAUUGCGAUUAUUGCUGGCAAAAAAUUAAAACUAUGAACUGGCACAGGAUAUUAAUAAAAUUUUUGGAAAAAGAGGAAGAUUGCAAUGAUGUGGAUAGCAUGUGUAGGUUUGCAGAUUUUCAAGAGGUCUCCUUUCCUACCACUGAGCGUCACAAUGAUAUGGGCCAACUUCUCAAAUAUUUAACAGACCACAACUGCCAGCAUGCAUUCAAGGAACUUUUUGGUAUCGAAGGGAAAUUUAGUAAAUUAUCAGAUUGAUAUAAUUACAUAAAA